AUGGAUAGCCUUCCGCGUGCCGCAUCCCCUCAAAUCCAAGCACCUCAAGUCAAUCGUCAUGCCCGACAACACAGCCAGGGCUUCUUUGAGCCUUCGCUGCCGCAUGCUACUUCCAACACCAGCGGCUUGAGCGCUUCGCAGAUAGCGGCCCAGACUGCUAUGCAACAUGUCUCGCCUCCUGCUUCUGUCAGCAACGAGCGCAAGCGAUCCUAUCCCGGCCUUGCGCCUAUCGGUACUGGGCCGGCUGCGUCCUAUCGCAAAGGAAGCGACACAUUGAGUCCACCCCUUCAGUCCACGGCCACUAUGACUUAUUCAAAUGGCAUUGUUGGGGGAAACAAGCUUGCGGCCACCACCGCUGCGAAUGUCGUCUUUCCUACAGGUAGAAGCCCGCUGCCUUCACCCGGUCUACCUCCGCAGCCGCAACCGCACCAGCUGCACAUGUCACCACCCAUUGGUCCCCCGGAGAAGGAACCAAAAGCCAAAACUUCGAAGAUGAAGCUCUUCUCCAAACCGAAGAACAUAUCUCUUUCGAAGGAAAAAGAGGGCAAGACUCAGCCGAGUCUUCCUUCGCCGAGCAAAAGUGUGCUGGGGCCCAGCUUGACGAGAACCGGCUUCCCGAAUCAGUCCACUACCAGCCUCGCAGACAUCGGCUCCAGCGCAAGCUCAUUGUACUCUUCCGCCAAUGCUUCCACUUCGACGCUGGUACCAGCUACAUCAGAAAGGGAUAAGGAGAAGCGGCACAAUUUCCUGUCCAGGCAAAAGAACAAGCUCAAAGAAGAUCCCCCGCAGCUCUCUCUAUCAUCGGCGCAUUCCAAUUCCCAAGCCACGAAUCCUGACAAGCCGCAGCCACUGUACUCCUUUGUGCCCGACUCUCCGGCCGCAAGUACCUUCUCCAAAGCCGUGUCCGGGUUUGACCUGCGACACGGCGGUCGAGCAUUACGGGAGAAGAAGCGAGAGGAGAAGGCGCAAGCCAGACUGGAUCUCGUUCCGGUCACGUCCAACAUGUCUACGACUGGGGUCAAUGAACAGUUCGGGCCUGGCAGCUAUGACUCCAACAUGGCUUCUGUUUCGACUGCCACCAAUAUCUUCGCCCUUCCCAACGACACCUUGCCUCCCAUUUCCGCCCAACAGUUCUCGAGCAUCGGCGCUUCCAUGGGCCUGACUGGGAUUGGCCCCGAUGAUGCUUGGCCAUUGCUCAAAGCACGACUUCUGAACCUCUUCUCAGGCGAGCAGCUACGUACGCCAAUCGAAGAUUUCAACGCUUUGGUCGGCGUGCACAUUCGACGAUGUGUGCAGAGGAAGUCGCCGGUUGUGCUCGUGGAAGAUCUACGCGAACUCCUCCACACAGGCUUCAGCAGUUUGGCUCAGACUCUACGCGGCGUCGCCGAGGACAGGUUGGUCACCAAGCUGGUCGAGAUGUGGAUAGGGGUGUAUGGGUCCAUUCUGCCCUUCCUACAAGCCGUCUUCCUCCCCAUGGAUCUGGAGUUCAAGGGGAGAGGCAUCAUCAUGACGGUGCGGGAGGCGCAGGAGUUCUGGGGCGCAAUGCCGGAGGCUCUCAAGUCAGAUGAGCGGCCGACGUCAUCCGGCGGAACCAUGCGAUUGCCAACGUUGGGGGAGGAGCUCGAUGUGCGACGCAUCACCCUCAUCACCUUUCGAGACACCGUGCUCCUCCCUCGGCACGAAAGCCUCAUGGCCAUUUUCAGCCGACUUUCGCUGAACAGCAUCAACGCCACCGCCUCACCUGAUCUCAAUGAGCCUGCGAGACCACAUGCUCGAAGCGAUCCUGCCACUAGUGGGGCAGAGCGGCCAGACACGGCCGGCAGCCUCAGUCCGCACAUGAGUAGCUUCAACUCGCAGGGCUCUACACUGCUUGACGCAGCCAGCAGCUCGUCUGGGGGAGCAAUGAGUCUCGCAAGUCGAAGCCGAGCGACUUCGAAUACCUCGGCGGGAUCAUUCGGCACAAAUCUUCCCCACUUGACGCCUGCGGGCACGCAAGGCUCAUUCAGUGCGACUGCGGCACCUACGUCGCCACCAACAACAUUUACCGACCCCACUACCAUCACGGAUACAGUGGCAAGGAUGCUGCAGUGCUUGUAUGUCCUGGCGAGCUGCCAAACGGGCGACGUGGGGCAAGGGGUGGUGGAGCGCUUGACGGGCGCACUCAAGUAUAACUGGCUUGGGCGUGGGCGAACGGGGCGGGACCGACGUGGUUGGGUGGGCAUGAAGAAUCCGCCUGGCCAGAGGAUAGGACUUGUUGGUGCUUAG